GGCAUUCUCACGCCGUGUAGCACGGCAAUGCCAGAAAAGGCUGUCAAGUAUUGCAAUACGACAGAUCUCCUCAACAGGUCGCGCUCGACAGGCUACACAGGAAGCAUGCAAUUCGGAAUCUCAGCCUCGGCACGAGAGAGGCCUCGAAUCCAGGAAACCAUUUUCGCGUAUAGACCUUCGGAAAUUGCUUGUGGAAAGGUCAUCAGAACCAAGUCGCCCAGGAGUCGAUGACGAAUCGCUGGUCAGCAUUUCUUAUGGAGAGGGAGAAUAUCGACUUGCCCCAGUAGCUCUACGAGAUCUAUGUCAAUGCUCCAAAUGUGUCGACUCCUCAACAAGGCAGAAGCUGUUCUCCACUCCGGACAUUCCUAGCGACAUCAAAGCAAAGGAAAUAACCCAUGAUUCAGGCAACGUGAGCAUCAAAUGGCAGAACGAUGCGCCUGGUUACGCAGAAGAUCAUGUCACUACUCUACCAUUGGAGGGCCUCAGGCGAUUGUGCAGUCGAGGGAAGAUGACACCAGAGCCAGCACCUAUACCUCGGACUUACUGGAAUACCCAAGCCUACACGUCAGAAACUUCGGACUUUGACUAUGAAGAUUACAUGUCAUCCGAUAGCACACUCUAUUCUGCAGCCCGACAACUUCAUACUCAUGGUCUUCUCUUUAUGACGAAUGUGCCAGAAGACGAAGAAUCGGUGGU